AUGAGUCACAAGCGCAUACAACUAAAACGUCCCAAUCAUAGAGCCAAAAACGAGAAAAUACCAGAGCCCGAAUAUCGUUCCGUCUCCCAUUUCUGCCAAGGUUCAACAUGGUUAGGUUUGCUACAGAAGGAGAAGAUCUUCACCACCGAGUUAAGAGUCGCAUCAAUAGCACAACGACUCGUGUUUUCUGACUCACUUGGCGACACAGAAGAAGAAGAGCGAUGA